CGACAGUCGACACCUAUCAACACGGUGCUGCAUAGAACAUCAACUAUAUGUGAACCCAGACUCCUACGUCGAGUCUCUCAUAUCCUUUAGAGGUCGUUAUAGAACAUUGAUAAACUAUGCUUCGGAAAAUAGUACUGGCAAGCUGCUUGGCCAUCUUAGCGUCGGCUAUACACGAUGAUAACAAGCAUUCGGAAAAAUCCAGCGAGACCCCCUGUGUCCACGUGAAAUCCAAAUUCAGUGAGUUAGAGAUUGGUGGCACCGGCGUCUUUACAAUACAGGCGUGUGAGCCCCUUGAGCUCUCGCAGACAGUUGUGCUGGGUUUGCCCGACUGUGUCUUCACCAAGACAACUGAAGUGACUCUGCCGGCGGGCAAGAGUGUUGCUGUGCCUGUGACGGUGAUAGCAGCCGAGUACGGAACUGGCAAAAUCAGCUUGAGAGGGAACGAGAUCGGCGUGGUUCUGGGCGCGGUGGCUGUGAGUGUGGUCAAGCACUCGUGGGUUCAGACUAUAAGUACAAUCAUUGGGUGGCUCUACUUCACUGCCUGGAGUGUGUCCUUCUAUCCGCAAUGUAUCGAAAACUACCAGUUACAGAGUGUUGCAGGUAUGAGAUGGACAGGAUGUAUAUGA